UUUCCCUGGGACAGUAUCAGCUGGCAGCUACUUUAGCAGAGAAGUACUGUGACUUUGAUAUCCUGGUGCAAAUGUGUGAGCAGACGGACAACCAGGCCAGAUUGCAACGUUACAUGAGUCAGUUUGCAGAUCAGAACUUUUCAGAUUUCCUGUUUCGCUGGUAUUUAGAAAAAGGAAAGCGAGGAAAGCUGUUAUCUCAGCCUAUUGCUCAGCACGGACAGCUGGCCAGUUUCUUGCAAGCUCAUGAGCAUCUGAGCUGGUUACAUGAAAUCAAUAGUCAGGAUUUGCAAAAGGCUCACAGAACAUUGCAGACUCUAGCAAAUAUGGAAACACGGUAUUUUGCAAAGAAAAAAACACUUCUUGGCUUGAGCAAAUUAGCUGCACUGGCAUCUGACUUCUCAGAAGAUAUCCUGCAAGAGAAAAUAGAAGAAAUAUCAGAACAAGAACGCUUUCUGUUACAUCAGGAGACACUUCCUGAACAAUUACUGGCAGAGAAACAGUUGAACCUCAAUGAUAUGCCAGUGUUGUCUGCAUCUCAGCUCAUUGAUAUGUACAUAUGUGAUGAGAACAGAAGGGCCAAUGAGUAUGACUUCAAGAAAGCACUUGAUCUACUGGAAUAUAUUGAUGAGGAAGAGGAAGUGGAUGUAAAUGAUCUUAAACUUAAAAUUCUUUGUAAGGCUCUCCGGAGAGAUGGAUGGUCCAGUUCAGAUGGUAAAGAUGAUCCAAUUGAAGCAUCCAAAGAUAGUAUAUUUGUGAAAAUAUUACAAAAACUCUUGAAAGAAGGAGUUCAGUUAAGUGAAUAUUUACCGGAGGUGAAGGACUUGCUGCAAGCAAAUGAACUUGGCAACUUGAAAUAUAAUGCUUACUUUGAAUUUGUGUUAAAGGCAAACUAUGAACUCUACGUUCAGGGGCAAGCAUGAUUCUGACUGGUUUUUUAAGUAUUUUUUUUCUACAGAACUGUUAAAUUCAUGUGGUUUUUUUUUUUGGGUUUUUUUUUGCUAAAACUUUGUAAUAAAAUCUAU